AUGAUUCUGAAAAGAUGCUUCGGAUUCAUACCUAGAACAAACAACAAAAUUGCAAACUUUGAUAUAUGUGCAAAAAAUGGGCACCAAUUGUCCCAAAUAGUGAGAGUGGCAUCGCAGAGAAGAUGGGAUGACGAGAAGUUGUGGAGCCUAAUUAAGACGAGGCUGCAGUAUAUUAGCGGCAGCCUGAGUGCAAGGAAUUUGUCCUUUAUCGCAAACGGGUUCUCAAGAGCAGGGUUCAGGGAAGCUUCCGAUUGGGAUGCAAUAGUAUCGAGGACAUAUGAACUAUCAGAAAACCUGAGUAACCAGGAAAUAGCACUCCUGUUCAACGCAAUGUGUAAGGUGGAAGGGCUUGACCCGAAGGUAUUCGGGGUCCUAGUGGAGCAGAUAAAGGUACUUGCAAUUAAGCUACACGACCCAACUGUAAUGAGAAUACUCUUGAAAUCAAUAAAGAAUAAUCUGAAUACCAUAUCGCUGAUAUCAAUAUCGAGUGUUAUAAAUGGGUUUUACCACUUGAACAACUUUGAUGUGAAAGUGAUGAUUCAGCUAAUUGAUCCGAUCAACAAAAUAUUGGAAACGGAUAGAAAGAUAGAAAUGAAGACAAUAGUAUCAAUAUACCAGGGCUACUGCCACUCGGGGAUUUAUGAUAGGGAGUUGUACAACAAGCUGUUUGAAUACAUGAUUGAAAACAGCGGUAAAUUAAAACUGGUUGAGAUGAUAAUAGUGUCAAGCAGUAUGAAUACAUCCAAGUUGCACAACGGAGAGUUGAUAGAAAUAAUGAAUAAAAAGUUAACCAAAAGGCCAAAGUUAUACGACUAUGAUGGAAUAUCAAUGUACCUAACGGGACUGAUGAACAAUAAAUAUGUGCCCAAAGGAUCAGUAGAGAAGUUGAUGGAUCAAAUAGGCCAUAGAAAGUACAAAGGAAGUUUAAAUGUGAAAAAUAGUACAAUAUUUCUGCAAAUAAUGUCAAAGUUUCAUAUUGUUAAUGAGAAGCUGUACGAAUAUGUAAUUGGACAUUUGAUGGCCAGUAAAGAUCAAUUGACACAAUCAGAUCUGAGUAGCAUUAUAUGCUGUUGCAACUGUAUUGAUAAGGAGGAUGUAAAUGUGUUUAUUGAACUGUUCUUUGAAACCUUUGAUAGGAAUCAUAGUGAGUCGGCACAUCAUUUAUCAAGGAUACUGUAUUCACUCGUUAAAUUGAACCGGUUGGAAUUUGAGAGACAUAUUGAAAGAAUACUAGGUAAUAAUAAUCAUAUUUAUAGUAUUAGUGAAGUGGUAAAUGUAGUGAACACAUUGUAUUCAUUGGAAAAAAUCGAGGACUCACAACCUAGAGCUGAUUUGUUGAAGAGGAUGAUCAGUUACGUGAACAGAAAUAUGAAUAAGUUUUCUCAUCAAUUGUUGGCAAGCACACUAGGAUCACUAACGAAGAUGAAAAGAGUGGAUGAUGAAACGGUGAAUGAGUUUUGUAAGAAUCCACAAGUUUUUGAUGGAAAUAAUAAUGUGAAAGAUAAUCUGAAGCUGCUGGAGUUUCUAAACACCCAUAACUAUUUCAAGGAGAUAGGAGAUGAGGACUUGGUUAGAAUCAUGGAGGCUUACAAGAUUAUUAUGAGGAAUAUUGCGAGUUGUGAUGUUGAUUCUGAGUGCGAUGAUGGUGAAAACAGCAACAAAUUGCAAUUAGGAAGCCCACAGGAGGAAGUGAUACAAGAGGCACACAAUAUUCUAAACACGAUCGGUUGUAAAGUAAAAGUUAGAAAUAAAGUGGAUGGCUGCAAAAAGGAAGUUGAAUCUAGGGAGAAAGGGCAACGAGUGGAGAUGAGUGUGUAA